AUGCUCUUCCUCCUCUCCUCCCCUGUUCUCUUUCCCCUCAUCCUCCACUUCCUCUCCCUCCUGCCUCCCACAUCAGCCCGGCAGGAUCGAUCCGCCCCUCGAGACAUACAUGCCCUAUCGGCAGACCAUCUGCGGUAUCUCGCAGAAGCAGAUCCGCCAGAAUGGGAGGGGACGGUUGAAGGGCACCUGGGGAAAUUGCUUAUACCUAGACCAGUCGGAUCGAAGAAUAGCACGUUGGUCCAGAAUUACAUCUCAUCCGUGUUCAAACGCUUAGGAUGGCACGAAGAACAGAACCCCUUCAAGUCAGAAACGCCAAUAGGAGAACUAGACUUUACGAAUCUCAUCUACACGUUCGACCCGGAUGCACCGAGGAAGAUCAUCAUUGCUGCUCAUUUUGAUUCAAAGUACUUUCCUGACUAUCCCGCUAAUCAGUUCAUCGGCGCGACCGACUCCGCCGCUCCCUGCUCCUUCAUGCUCGACCUCGCGGAAGCUAUGACGCCCCUGUUACAGUCUCGGCGAGACCGCCUGCGGAACGGAACAGGGAUACUCCGGGAUGGAUUCGACGAGGAAGACGCGGGCGAGACGACGUUGCAGCUCUUGUUUUUGGAUGGGGAGGAGGCGUUCAAGGAUUGGACAAAUACGGACAGCAUCUAUGGGGCAAGACAUCUAGCACACAAAUGGUCCGAAUCCUUCCUCCCGCCCACCCACCCCCUCUCCCUCUCUGCCCGCCGCUUCGAUCCCACCCCCUCCGUCCUAUCCACGAUAGACGUCCUCGUCCUGCUCGAUCUCCUCGGCCAUCGCUCUCCGCGCAUCCACUCGUACUACCGCGAGACGGACUGGCUGCACGGUCUCAUGUCGAGUGCGGACAAGCGGCUGCGGGAGGCGGGGCUCGUAGAGGUCGAAAGUGGGGAAGAGGGGUGGUUUAGCGAGAAUCGGUAUGGGCCGGGGAUGAUUGGGGAUGACCAUGUGCCUUUCAAUCAGCGCGGCGUCAGCGUCUUGCAUGUUAUUUCAAACCCAUUCCCGAAUGUCUGGCACUCGCUCGGUGACGACGCAUCCGCACUCUCCGUACCGGCCAUGAACAGAUGGAACAAGAUUCUUCGAGUCUUCACUGCGGAGUAUCUGGGCCUGGCGCCAGAAUCAUCGGCAAGCAGCGGAAAGAGAAUACCUGAAGAUGGGGAAGCAAGAAGAUCAGCAGACGAAUUGUAG